UUUUUGUUGCCCGAUGGCGGCCGAGUGGCGACCUGGACGCUGCUGAGUCACGUGGCGUGUCUCUUGGUGGCGAUUUCCCUGUUGACCUGGUUGCAGAUCGGGGGAUCUCUGGAGGAUGAAGUGGCGUGUGUUGUUGUCGCUUGCGUCAUGUACUACUCGUUUCUCUCGGCCUUCCUCUGGCUCAACGUCAUGAGUUUCGACAUCUGGUACACACUGAGGCAACCCAAAAGAUACGAUCAGACGCGUGACGCGUCGUCCAAUGCAUACGAUUUCUCCGGAAACUUACUAGCAUUUUUGUAUUCAGAAGGGAACCGUGGCUAA